CUGACUUUGACAGUUUUGAUUUUUGACAAAACAUUGUUUGUAAAAAUUGCCGCUAAAACUCUGGGAAAUAAUACCAAUGAAAUAAAAUAAACAAUCCACGAUCAGUGAUUUAAAAAGAUAACAUGGCAUCAGGAUUAGAAAGCUAUAUUAAUCAGACUGUAUCGGUGAUAACCUCCGACGGACGUAAUUUCAUUGGCACAUUGAAGGGUUUUGAUCAGACGAUAAACAUUAUUUUGGACGAGUCCCAUGAGAGAGUGUUUUCCUCAUCGACAGGUGUAGCUCAAGUGGUUCUUGGCCUUCACAUAAUACGAGGCGAUAAUGUAGCUAUCGUCGGACAAAUAGAUGAAUCAAUAGAUAGUCGACUGGAUCUUGGGAACAUCAAAGCAGAACCAUUAGGAGCUAUUGUGCACUAACGUAACUAGAAUUAAGAUGUCAAUAAAGUAAGUUAUUUUA